CACGUGUGUACACACCGUAGGGCUCAGCAGCACUCCAGCAGUAGUAAAGUCUGCAACGGACGGCCCCUUUUCAGAACAAGCCUCGUCUGGAAAGUUGAUAGAUGAGGAGCGAGACAACCGAAAUGCGCUAAAACGGCUCUUUUUCGCUCUUUUCGAGGCUUUCUGAGCGCGGCGGGAGCCGAAGCGCGUACUUCAGGAUGUGUGUUUGUCAAAUGAAACGGCCGAGAAAUGCCAGUGGAAACGCUACAUCCAGACCCGAUGCCUCCGUAGGUUUGUCGCCGAGCCAAAUCUAUACGUUUCUGUCGACCUGUUGAGAGUGCUUGACCUGUGUCAGAGCCCAGCAAUGUGGAUCUGCAUGGUUAACAAUGAGACGGACACCAGCGUGGACUUCCGGCUCUGCCAGGACUUUGGCCUCAUUCUGUCAGUCUUCUCCCUCAUCUACCUCCUGGUGUGCUUCCCACUGGGGUUAUGCUACAAUGUACUGCUGGUCGUGGUUAACCUCUCCAACAAGGUGUCCAUGACGAUGCCAGAUGUCUAUUUCGUCAACAUGGCCAUCGCGGGCCUUGUGCUUAACGUGGUGGCGCCCGUGGAGCUGCUGAGCUCCACCUUCACCCGCUGGCAUGCAUGGGAGUACAACAAUGAGGUCUACAUCACCCUGCUCAUCCUCUUCAACAUCUCAUCUCUGGUUAUCAUGUAUUCCACCACGCUGCUCAGUCUGGACUACUAUAUAGAGCGGGCCCUGCCUCGUACAUACAUGUCCAGUGUGUAUAACACCAAACAUGUGUGUGGGUUCAUCUGGGGCGGUGCUGUGCUCACCAGCUUCUCUUCGCUGCUUUUUUACGUGUGCAACCACAUCUCCGCUAAGAUGGUUGAGUGCUCCAAAAUGCAGAACAAGGAGGCAGCAGACGCCAUCAUGAUGUUUAUCGGCUACGUGGUUCCAGCUGUGGCUGUUCUUUAUGCCUUUGUUCUCAUUUUGCGCAUUAGGAAGGAGUCCACACCUCUGGAUCAGGACUCUGCUCGGUUGGACCCUUCUAUCCACAGGCUGCUUUUAGCCUCAGUAUGUGUGCAGUUUGUACUGUGGACCCCAUACUAUAUGACCCUGUUGGUACACACUGUAGUUGGGGCGCCAGGGUACGUUAGCAAUGCACAUUACUUACCUACCUAUUAUUUCUUGAGAUGUGUGUCUAAGCUGCUGGCCUUCUCUAGCAGUUUUGCGAUGCCUCUCAUGUACAGGCAGAUGAACAAAAACUUCUCCAACAAGCUACAGCGGCUGCUUAGGAGGCUGCACUGCAGAGACCAGUCCUGCCCUCAUGAACGCUCAACAGUGCAGCAAGUGGUGACGUGAGAUCACCCCCUGGAAGAUCAACGGCGCCCCCCCCACCCCCCCACUUCCGCCUCAUGGCCUAGCCGGCACUUACCACCAACCCCCCCCGCCCUCAAAGAGCCAGUAUCCGACUGGGCUCCCUCUCUGCUCUGGACAGUGUUAAGAGCAACAUAGCUAACUGUGGAAUUUCCUGUCACCUUCCAGAACUUGAUCUGAUCUAUCCUGUUCUGCUGUGAGAGGACAACCCAAACAAAAACCACUAAGUGCAGUUAUUUUUUUUAUUAUUUUUUUUUGGUCACAAAGUGAAGCUCUCCACUAAGACACUUCUGGUUUCAGGGCGGUAAAUAUGGCAAAAUCAGCAAAUAACACUGACUAAAUAUCCUGUUAGCAAGAGACUCCCAAUCACUUUACCUUCGCACAGGGCGUGGUUUUGUGCUAAGAAUAUUGUGCUGACAGUAUGCAAGUUUGGCUAAUGCAUGACUGCCUAAAUUUCACUGUAAAGCCUCAGUAUGCUAUUAGAUACAAUUUAUUUUUGAAUAUUUGCAGUGUCACCCUCCGGCAUGAUGCUUUCCUCUUACACACAAGCAGAAUCAGUAAGCUAUAAUGAACUUGCAUUUCGUGUCAACAUUGCGAACCAGUUUGCCAGUGAACAGCACCGUUUACUGCCCUAAAGCUAGAGGCCUUAAUCACUUGAAUGAGAAGACACUUCUACCUUUUCACAGCUGAAUUUACUUAAAUGCAUUGAGAGUGAUUCCUCAUGAUCAGAGUAAAUAUUCUUUACAUUUCAGAGGUGUAGUACAAUAUUAAUGGUCUCUUCCAGAAAUUCUAGCUUAAUUUCAAAAGCAGUUCUCUUUACUGACUCCAAUGCUACCCUGUAGCUGGAAGUAGGCGCUGGUAUGAAGAGACAUACCAUUCAUUUCAUUUGUAUAGAUUGAGCUCUGAGUUUUUGAUCCACUCACAGGCAUAAGGAGAUUAUUCUUGCAUAUGUCAAGCUCCACAACAAAUGUCAUAAAAUAAAUUUAUAUACAUCCACACCACUUUGAAGUCACACAGAACUACAUGAAAUGCUUACACAAAGCUUGUAUUCAGGGCUCAGACAUAACCAGUAUACCUCUUGUGAUCUCUGCUGAAAUCACAUCACCUGUUAACUAUAAGCAGUUCAUAUCAACUCAUUAAAAAUCAGCUCAUUAAUUUGAGCUGAGAUCCUCAACCCUCUAUGUGAUUUGUUAAGCUGUGCUUUGCUUCUGUAGGAAUCAUGCAUGCAGAGCCCCACAUAGGGUCAGUGAAGUCCACACAGGGUCGCAGAGAGGACCCCGAGGUGGUGGCAUGUACAUUCCCUAAAGUACAUGCACACUUGUUGAGUGGCUGGGAGGUUUUGUCCAGUGGAAAUAUGCGCUAUCAAAAAACCUUCACAAAAGUAUGAAAGACUUGCCUGCCAAGCACCUGCAAAAUGUGUAUUUGAGACAGAAGUGGAGUUUGAACUAUAAUGCUGCUCAGAUGCAUCAACGUAAUCUCCACAUUACUGGCAAAGCUGCUUUGCUUCCUUGCCUGGCAGUGAAAAGUGAACAGACAAUUCUAAUAGAGAUGAUGAACCCCAAAGUGAACCAUAAAAUGUUGUUCUUGCAUGAGGUCUGUGCAUCACUACAUUAAUUUAGUUGUGUUUUUUUUUUUUAAUUCAUUUGCUUUCUGCAUGAAAGGGCCAGUUUAUUAAUCAUCCUGUGAACAGGUACACCAGCGAGGUGGGGCAUUCACUUGAAGAGAAAUGGAAGGUAGGCACACUGUUACAUCCCACUCACAGACAAAAAUAAAUGGUAAUCACUGUACCUUUGAGUUUUUCAUUUACACCUUCAGUUAAACAAUUGUGCUUGACUUUGACUGAAAAAUUUAAAGGAUUGGACAGUGAUCCGUUGCUUGUCAUACAUACUUAAAGUUACUAUUCACAAAAUAUCACAUACAAAUACUGUUUUUUCUUCCAUCUCAUGUAUUAGGGAUAUUUUGUGUCUGCGGUUGUGAUAUGAAACAGUGUCCAACAAUUUAUUUUUUUGCUGCAUAGCCCCACCCUCGUUAUGUGUAUCUACAAUCAGUCAGUGGGAAGUAAUUAGUAACUGUUUAUUUUCAGCUGAAACUGUGUUUACAUUAUGCGCUACAGUGUGUGCUGCCCCAUUUAAAAAAAAAAAAAAAAGGAAAAAAAAACUUGUACGUAUCGUGACACAGUUAAUCAUUAUUUGAACUCAGUUCAAAGUCCUAAUGCUUACUCUUCAUUUAAGUUUGGAAGCCAAACUGUAGGACUUGAUCAGAUGAGAAGUGGUUUGAAUCAGAGCUUGUAACGAUCUGAUGGAGGAAAUUUAAGCAACAAUAGUUAAGAUUGUGUCCAUUUUAUGCCCAGAAUUGGUGCAUUGUAUACUGUCCGAGAUUCCAGUUGUGUCCACUUUUAUUUUUACCAAAAAAAAAAAAUCAACUGUUAUUUAAUCAGUAAAUCCAAUGGUGACACUUGAAUUACAGCAAACAGAAUUGAAUGUUUCCCCUUUUUUUCAUUAUGAAAAAAAUCCUUUUUUUUUCACUUGAGCAUGUUUCCAUUCGUAUUCUUAUGCAGAUAACAUGGACAACAUUUACAUCAGUUUUAAAUUAAUUUCAUGAAAACAUCCAAUUAGAAUCACUGAAUGACUCUAUAAAAACAUUUAGGAGAUUUAAAUUUCAGUCUGGAUCUGAAUCUUCAACAAACUACAGAAAGUGACUGACAAUCAUAGUGAUUUCUGGAGAAUAGCUAAAUAAAAGUUACGACCACUCAACUUGCUGCGGUGCCACCUUUAGGCAAAAUGCCAUCAAGUUUUGCCAGAUUGCUUGUUUAUGUUUUCAUGUGCCAUCUAAAUUAAUUGCAUAAUGUAUUACAUGAUACAUUAAAGAAUUAAAGCAGUUUAAGUAAAGGCCUAACUUUUAACACCAAAUUCUAAUCAGUUCUCCCUACUCCAUGCUCUAACUAAUUUCACUGAAAUCCAUUGCAAGGUUUGAAAUAUUUUGCUAGCUAGAAGAUGUGACCUAAGACAAACAACUUGGCUGAGAUUAUAAUUAGCAGUCACCACAAACUUACUGCACAAUAUUCAUAACUGGCAAAUAACUAGCUUGAUCAAAGUGGGCUCUAAAUCACACCCAACUCAGACGACUGCUCUGUCUGUCUGGGUUUGGUUUGUUAUUUCAGAGGGGCCAUAAUCUCACAUCAGUGCAAAGAAAUUUGAGUGAUAAUCACUGAGCUCAGCUAAAUUGCUGAAACAGACCGAGUGUAAAAACACCCUCAAAGUUCUCGUGUUUCGAAUGCAUGCAGAUACAUUUUAGCUAUUUGAACGGCAAAACCUCAAAAGUCCAGAUGAAUCCACUUUCAGAUGUGAUGCUUUCGUGACUGUGUAUGCAAGUGUAAAUGUGUAGUACAAAAUAAUGUGUAUAUAUUGUAUGUGAGAGAUUUACAGGAAGAUACCAUGCUCUUUCAAAAAAAAAAAAUACAGUAUUAUUUUCUGAGAGAUAUAUUUAGAUUCUGUAAGUAAUCUACUCAACUGUCCACUGAGUCAAAGACUGAUUAAACAAUAAACUAACA